AUGAAGCUUAACAAUGAGAGCGUCACGAUUGAGCUCAAGAAUGGUACGAUUGUGCAUGGCACUGUCACAGGUGUCGACGUGCAGAUGAACACGCACCUCAAGGCGGUAAAAAUGACGGUGCGGGGCAGCGAUCCCGUCUCGCUGGACACGCUAUCGAUCCGCGGUAACAACACGCGGUACUGGAUACUGCCGGAUGCGCUCCCUCUUGACACUCUCCUUGUGGACGAUGCGCCGCGGCCGAAGGGCAAGCGCAAGGAUGACGCGCCGCGCGGACGGGCAGACCGCGGGCGUGGUGGUCGUGGCCGCGGCGGGCGUGGCCGCGGCCGUGGGCGCCCCUGA